UUAUCCAAUAAUAAAACUCAGUGAUUAGAACGCCUUAGCCGAAUUAAGAACUAUAUAAAUUGAGUAAUCUCGCCGCGCGAUUACAUUAUAUAUAGACUUGGAAAAAUCAAGUUUCAACUACAGUUCCGCCAAAUCAAAACAAUGAGGUCGAUAAUAGUUUUGUUCGUUGCUCUAGCCCUUGUCUCAGUCCAAGUUUCUGCUGACACAAAUGGAUGGUUUGGACCAAUAAUUUCCAACUUAUUACCAAGUCCAGAAUCUGACACCCCAGAACUCAGCGACAAUUUUCCCAUUUUCAACGAACAAAAGUCAGAAGACGAGGAUUAUGCGUCUGCUACCGAUUUUCCCGUUGAAGAAUUAACAACAGAAGAAAUCGAUGCAACAACUGCAGUGGCUGAAGAAGAAGAUGGAGAGAUCGGACAAAACAACCCCACGGAAGCUGAGGAAGAAGUAUCCACCGAAGAAGCAGUUGAAGCCGAAGAAGAAGUUAUUGACAGCGAGGCGGUGUGCCAAGAGUGCUUCGAGAAAAUUUUGAACUUGAUAUACAGCAUCCAAAAAUCCUUGUAGAUAGUAAAAAUGUAUCUAGUAUAGUAAAUAAAUGAAUAUGCAUGUCA